AUGGCAUUUUCUAAUCAAACACCAACAAUUGUUGUUUUAAAAGAGGGGACAGAUUCAUCUCAAGGACGAGGUCAAAUUUUAACCAACAUUAAUGCUUGUUUAGCCAUUCAAGACACUUUAAAACCAACAUUAGGACCAUUUGGAUCCGAUAUUUUAAUAGUUGAUAGUAAUGGGAAACCUACUAUAUCUAAUGAUGGGGCCACCAUAUUAAAAUUAUUAGAUAUUGUUCAUCCUGCAGCACAAAUGUUAGUUGAUAUUUCUCGAUCUCAAGAUUGUGAAGUUGGUGAUGGGACAACAUCGGUGACUAUUAUAGCUGGAGAAUUAUUAAAAGAAGCGAAAAAUUUUAUUGAAGAUGGAAUCAAUCCUCAUUUGAUUAUUAAAGGUUAUAGAAAGGCAUGUCAAUUAAGUAUUGAAAAAAUCGAAUCAUUAUCAAUUGAUGUAUUGGAAAAUAAUACUGAUAGUGGCAAUUUCCGUGAUUUAUUGGAAAAAUGUGCUACUACUGCCAUGUCAUCAAAAUUAAUUAAAACUAAUUCUAAAUUUUUCACAAAAAUGGUAGUUGAUGCCGUAUUAACUUUAGAUCGUAAUGAUUUGAAUGAAAAUUUAAUUGGGAUUAAAAAAGUUCCAGGUGGUUCAUUAGAAGAUUCAUUAUUUAUUGAUGGUGUAGCAUUUAAGAAAACUUUUUCAUAUGCAGGAUUUGAACAACAACCAAAAUCAUUCAGUAACCCCAAAAUAUUAUGUCUUAAUGUUGAAUUAGAAUUAAAAGCUGAAAAAGAUAAUGCUGAAAUUAGAAUUGAUCAAGUUAAUCAAUAUCAACAAAUUGUUGAUGCCGAAUGGAAAAUCAUUUUCGAUAAAUUAGAAUCAAUUUAUCAAACUGGAGCACAAAUUGUUUUAUCAAAAUUACCUAUUGGUGAUUUAGCUACUCAAUAUUUUGCUGAUCGUAAUAUAUUUUGUGCUGGUAGAGUUAGUGAUGAUGAUAUGAAUCGCGUGAUUCAAGCUGUUGGUGGUGAUAUUCAAUCGAGUUGUUCUAAUUUACUUAAAGAUGGGAAAUUAGGUCAAUGUGAAAGUUUUGAAGAAAUUCAAAUUGGUAAUGAACGAUUUAAUAUUUUUAAAGGUUGUCCACAAACUAAAACUUGUACAUUAAUAUUAAGAGGUGGAGCAGAACAAGUGAUUGCUGAAGUAGAACGUUCAUUACACGAUGCCAUUAUGAUUGUUAAACGAUCAAUUACUCAUAAAAAAAUUGUUGCUGGUGGUGGUGCCAUUGAAAUGGAAUUAUCGAAAUAUUUACGUGAUUAUAGUAGACAAAUUCAUGGGAAACAACAAUUAAUUAUUGCUGCUUUUGCUAAAGCUUUAGAAGUGAUUCCAAGACAAUUGUGUGAAAAUGCAGGGUUUGAUAGUAUUGAAUUAUUAAAUCGUUUAAGAAGUUAUCAUGCUAAAGGUGAAACUUGGUAUGGUAUUGAUUUCCAAUUGGAAAAUAUUGGCGAUAAUUUCAAAAGUUUCAUUUGGGAACCUGCAUUAGUUAAAAUCAAUGCCUUAAGUUCUGCUACUGAAGCUGCUACAUUGUUGUUAUCAGUUGAUGAAACCAUUAGAAAUGAUGAACAAGAACAAGCACAACCUCAAGGUGCACCAGGUAGAGGUAGAGGUGCAUACUAA